GCAGUAGUAGCCCUAUGUAUGUACUUAGACAGCUGCUGAAAGUACAAAACAUAACCUCAAAAAUAUUCAUAGUACGUUCGGAUUAUCAUGUGUUAUUAAAACUUUUGUUUUCUUUUAUAAGUUAAAACGACUUGUUAGUUAUAAAAAUGAAAUCUAAGUCAUUUGACUUAAAAAUAAAUUCCAUUGACAAAAACUCAUUGGACAGGACAGCUGAGUUUGCUGGCUUUUAUAAAUCUGCAGCUGAAACGAAUAAACUUGGCGCGGAGAAACGCAAAUCUGAUGGAGUCGUGACUAAAGAAAAUACAAAAACGAAAACGGUCAGCGUGAAACCAGAAACACCGAUUAAAAACAAAAAGCGGAACAAGCAAGAGCCGAUAGAUAUAUCGCAGAUCAACAUUGAUGGCUCUACCUUAGGCACAAGUUUUCCUCGAGCCAAUUCUGCUCAUGAAAUUAAAACUUCCACUCCUAACUCUAAUGGUAAAGGUCACGAACAAGGUGGAAAAGUCAAGUCGAUAAUGAAGAACAAACCCCCAGUUGAACAGUCUCCAGAUAGUGCCAGGUCCCAGUUAUCCGGCGGGAAACCUAAGAAAAGGAACAAGUCAGUCAGCUUCAUGUUAGAUGAUCACGAGGAGGUAGUAGUAAAGAGGACCAAGUCUGAUGACUCCAAAAUUAAUCAAAAACUUGACUCCAAUGCAACUAUUGUGAAAGACAGGAACAAGAAUGUCAAAAGUAUAAAAAAAUAUCAACAGUCUGAGAAGGAGAACAAAGCUGCUGAAGUUAACAAUCAGAAUACGGAAGUUGAUAAUAGUAAAGCUACACUUGAAAAAAAAACAAGUAAGUUAAAUAAAGUAAAAAAAUUAGUUGAAGUCUCUCCUUCGGGUGAUGCUAAACAUGCUCCCCAAGAAAGUAAUAAAGAAAAAAAGAAAAUAAAAAAAGUAAAGAAACAAAUGUCACAGCAAACAGAUACAGAUGUCCACAACAAUGAGACAUCUGCUGAAGUUAAAACAAAAAAAGGUAAAAAGACAAAAACUAAGCCUCUCCCAGCUGAAACAUCACAGGCUGAGGGAGAGCCGGCACCUAAAUCCCGCAAAAAAGAAGCCAACCCUGACAUUGCUGAGGACUUGGAGAACUUGAGCAUUGGAGACAAUGCACAUACACUGUCAAACCUGCUUGAUGAAAUGACUGUAGUGGAUAAAGAAAAGCGGAAAAUGUUGAAGAAAAAGUUCAAUAAGAAUAAGAAACCAAAAGGCCCUCAGAGUUCCAAGAAAGAGAAUGCGGAGAAAAUUGAAGAAGUAAAGGAGAAGAUAAAGUGGAAGAAGAGGAAAUGGAACAAGGAUAAGAAGGGGGAAUUGAAUGAGGAUGGCUUGUCCAACACACUGGUUGUGGAGCACCUGCCCCUGUCUAUGAUGUUAAACUAUAAGAAGAUACUAACUGAACAUUUUGUUAAGCAUGGAGCUAUUAAGAAAAUUGGUAUUGCAGAGGUGUACCCCACAGAAGAGUCGAGGCCUGUAUUUACCACUACAAUCAGCUUCCAAAAUGAUGCUAGUGCUGAGCAGGCACUAGAAGAAAAUAAUUCGUAUUUGGAAGGCAGCCGCAUCCAGGUGAAGAGGCCACUCCCCGCUACACAGACGACAGUCGUCGUCCGGUCGUAUGCAGAGCUCACUGACCAGACAAUAUGUACCACCUUCCUCGGCGCCGGCAGAAUCAGGAGCAUACGACAUUUAGUCAAGGGGAAGAAGAGUAUGGCAACAGCAUUUGUUGAAUUCGACGGACCGUCAGCUGUGGAGCGCGCAAUCAAGUUAGCUGGUGAUACCAAGAUUGGCGGGAAGAAAAUUCACUUGUCCAAGUUCGAGAUCCGUGCCAAGAAAGUGAAGAAAGAAAAGAGUGAAGGAGAUAGUGCUGCUGAUGCAGACAGCGAGGACUCUAACGAUUAGAUUAUAAUAUUUUCAUUCGUUUUCUAAAAAAGCCAAGAAAUUUGCAUGUACAAGUGGCAUUUAAAUAAUACUACAACACUGCCAGUAUCCACUACCGACAAGACAGCCUUUGGACCUUUCCAUUUUAUUCAUUUUCAUUCCCUUCUGGAUGUUAAUAGAAAAGCGUGACUUUUAAUAGAAAAAAAAAAAUCGAAAUGUGAUUUAUGGAUGGCACUCUAAAACUCAUUUUCAUAGCAAAAGUGGUUUAUCAAUCAGUGAUGAAAGUUUUUGUUAUCUAUAUUUUUAUACAUUUUGGUACUCAGCUCGAAUGCUCAAACAGCCACUCAAUUUUAAGAUGGUGUUAUGAUGUGUCACUACACACACAAAAUGAUAGAGAUAGCGCGAUAUUAUUAUCCUAAAAUUGUGUUUUUAACUUACACUUUUGAAUGUACUUUUAACCCUGUUUAACCGACGUGUUAUACACAAUAUAUUUUAAUAUGCAAUUAAAUAUCAACAUUAUUGUUGUUAUAAUAAAGUUUAAAAUACAGUCAAUGACUGGAAUGUUAGUACUCGUGUAUUUGUUACAAUAAAUGUAGUUUUUAACCUUUUAACAAUAAGGUCUAUAUCCCAAAAAGUACUAUGAUAGUAUUUUUGUUCAUUAUUAUUAUGAUUAAUUCCGUGUGCGCCCUCUUUAUGUAUUUUAUGACGUUUCCUAAUGUGUUGAUAAUUUUUUAAAUUGUUUGUAUAUUAAGUCGAUAUUAUGUUGAAAGGGUUGCAGCACGGGUAUUAUGGAAUAUUAUGUUAGAUGUAUGAAAAAUAAAGUUUUGAGUGACGAAUAUCGUGAAAUAAACUGACUCGUUGAAUUUGAA